UCGGCGCUUGCGAGUGGAAGUAGUGAUCGCGUGUUUGCGUUUCGUUCGCGGGAGAUUUGGCCGGGAACCGUGGCAUUAAGGUGUUUAUGUUUGAUGUUCAUGUAGUCAAAAUCAAAUAUCCAAAAAUAUGACAGCUGGCGGUUGAGUGUUAUAGCGUGUUUCCGAUAAACUCGCACUUGAAGAACUAAAUCCAACAUUUUUUAUCAUCUUCUGCCAUAAUCACUAGUGAAGUUUAAUUGUGCAUCUGCUGUGGAAUUUGUUACGCUGCUCAACCAGAGAACCGUAAUAAAGUUAAAAAUCAACAAUCAAGCAAACGACAAAACUGACAAAAAAACGAAGAAAGGAAGCGAGAAAACCGUCGUCGUUCUCAUCAUCAAGAAUUCAAAUGAGAUGCAAAUUCUACCAGUGAUAAUGCGAUUAUUAGUGAUUUUAAGUGUUUCGCUGACCGUGGCUCGAGCGGGUACUCUUGUGUCCUAUUCUGAUGCUGUAAAUGGAACCCUUGCCACUAUUGGUGGCGCUGGUGACACGGGAGUUAACAGCGGCAGCGCGAGAAAUCUCAACGGUGGUGCCUUUUUAGUGCUGAAACGGCCACCGAAUCCGGUCGUGGUUUCCAGUGUAGGAUUACCGAGGCAAAGGUCAAUUCAGGAUGCAAGUCUGGUUGGUGCGCAGUCGGGGGCAGCUUCGCCGGCAGUAUCGGAGAGGAAUGUCUAUCGGACAAAGUUGUCGAAGCUGAAGCUGAUAUUGUUGGCCGAUAUGUUGAAUGAAAUUCCGCCACAGCUGGAAUUAAUCACCUGUUUGGCGAAUUCGUCGAGUAUCAACGUUACCACUAAACACUGCGACUGUGAGAGCUACUCGUGCAAGGACUUGCUGACAUUAUCGUCGGGUUCUUCACCUCUCAACUCGGUCAAUCAGAGAAAACUCCACACAACGUGCGGUGAAUUUUGCUGUCGGAAGAAAAAAUUCAAUCGCUCGAUCGACCCCACGAUUCAGAAUGCCGUCGCCGCGGUGUUCCGUCAUAAUUCCUUCGUGUCAACCCGUAAUCAGCCUCAACCGUCGGCCGGCGUGAUGUCCCCACCCUCGUCAGGGAUCCUCGUCAGAGCGACGAACAGCUCAGCCCCAGCGCCUCAACCCGCGGCACGACAGCGGCGUUGGAAUUGCGAAGGUAGCAUUGUCAAUCAAAUGGCAAUUUCGAGCAACGGGAAGGGCCGAAGCGGCAUUGACCAAUCCCAGCCGACGCAGCAUCAGCAGCAGGAGCAGUUUCCCUGGCUUUAUCGAGUGAUUUUAAUUGAAAGAGAGGUCACAAUUUGCGCCGGGUCGUUAAUCCAUCCGAAUGUGCUGUUAACCACUGCAGUCUGCGUGAUAAACAAAAAUCCGGAACAACUAAUAGCGCGACGUCGGCCAGCGAAAAAUGAUCGACUAAAUUCAACAACACCUGCCGUGGAAAUGCCGUCCCGUGCCGUUCGAAAGAUUAUUAUGCCAGACCAGUUCAUGACCACAUUUGAGCGUCUCGAGAAUAAUGUUGCCCUUCUCGUGCUACACUCAGCUAAACAAUUGCAGACGACCGCUAAUGAGGAGGACUCGGAACGAAGGCCCAACGAGCAGAAUCUUAGCUACCCAAGUAGCACAUCAUCUUCCACCUCGGAGCAACAGUCUUCAAUUUCUUCAACCCCCCAAAGUAACACCAACCAAGAAGACCACCACCGACGGGAGCAUGGCUACGCUACAUUACCGGUGGCCACCACCGGUAGCGAACGAACGCUCCUGGAGCCUUCGCCGUAUAUUUGCUUAUCAUCAGUUAUAAAUUAUUCUUCAGCGUUUUCUAAUGUUUGUCAAACUUACUCCUGGCGGAAGAUGCGGAAAAGUGCUGCUGCUGGCCAACGAUCCGGCAACAGGAGACAGCGCCGGAAUCACCGGCAGCGACAGCGAAGCUAUCAUCAACAGCAUCAGCAGCAGCAGCAGCUGGUUCGUAGCGACGAUGGCGCUAAUUACAUAACGGCAAAUAUUAGCAUUUUUCCGGGUAGCAGCGGCGAAUGCCAACGAGAGCAUCGGGACUAUCUCCAGCAUCAGGGGAAUCUGUGUGCCGGACCGGUGGACAAAAGUCGCAGCUUAAACGUGGACCUGAGCGGAUCGCCCUUAAUUUGCACUGAAUUCGGGCAGGAUGGAAAGGCACGCGUCGAGUUGCGAGGCAUCCUCACAUGGUCCACGGAUAUCAACCGGGCGCCGCAUCUGUUCACCAACAUUACGACCUAUCGAAGCUGGAUCGAGAAUGAGCUCAACAAUUUGGACCAACUGGAGCUGUAACCAACGGUGCUAUCGGAUUAACAACCAACCCACACGUGUUGGCUAGUGAGAUUGAACUUUGAGUGAUAAGUGAAUUUUCGCGGCAAUAAAUGUGCUUUUAUUAUUAUA